AUGUAAAAAUAAUUUGAAGGAUAAAAUGAUAUAGAAGAUUACUUCAUUGACAUUGAACAGGUUUAAAGCAAUGUAAAUUUUGAUAAUAAAGUGUAUCAGAAUAUCAAUCCAUACGACAUUAAAUGUCCAAUUUGUUUAAAUGUAUAUUUGGAUCCAAUAUCAUGUGACUCGUGUAUGAAUCAUUUUUGCAAAAGAUGCCACUAAUAGAAAUAAGUAAGUAUAUAAUGAUAAUAAGAAAGAGUACGAAAUGCCCUUUAUGCAAUCGGCAAGUUGAAACAAGAAAAGCAUUUCCUCUAUUGAGAUAAUUGUUGAGUUAGUUAAAAAUUAAAUGUCAUCAUUUUGAAUAAGGUUAGGAAUUAAUUCUGAUUUUAGGUUGUCGAGAAAUAACUGAUUAUGAUUCUUAUGAUAAGCAUGUGAAGUAGUGCGAUUUUAGCGAGGAAAUUUGUGGAUUGAUGGAUGGUAAAUUAUAAUGUAAUGUGGUCAAAUUUAAGAAGGAUAUAUAAAGACAUAGAAUUCACGAAUGUAGUUAUCGAUAAUGUGAAUGUUAUCACUGCCAUAAAUUUGUAAUUUAUAUAUAUUAAGAAUUCUAUUAGUUUAGUAAUUUUAAAUUAUAGACUCAUGAGCUCAAAUGUGAUGAGGCUCUUACCAGAUGUCCAAAAUGUCAUAUAUCAAUUAAAAUAAAGGACCAAUCUAACCAUCUUCUAAUAUGUGAUCAGAACAUAGAUAAUUGCACUCAUUGUGGAGGAGAAUAUUCAUUACAACAAUUGUUAAUACAUUAAAAUGAAUGUCCAUUACGACCAAUUUGUUGUGUUGGUUGUUCAUAAAGGUUUACUCUUAGUGUUUAUUACAUUCAUUAAACAAAAUGUCCGAAAUUUCCAUAAAUAUGUCCAAAUUGUAAUAAAAAAAUUAUCAGGGAACAAUUUUAGAAUCACACAUUCAAUGAUUGUUUGAUUUACAUCAAAACUUCGCAUGAGAAAGAUAUAUAAAAUCUAAUUAAAAAGCAAUAAAUGCUCGAAAAUGAAUUAACCAAAAAUGAUAAAAUAAUAAAGUAAAGAAAAAUUGGAUUUUAGGUUCUCCAAUCGAUUUAAAGACCCAGAAAUCUUUCUUAAUUUAAAUAAGACAGGUGCUUUUGUUAAGCAUGUAGCAACGAAAAAGAGAGAUAGAUUUGUUCUAUUUAAAAAUCCCAUUUCAGAACAAAGAAAACAAUGGAAAUUCAAGUAUGUUUAUAAUCUAUAGCUAGAUGCAAACAAGUCAAAAGCUCAUGGUAUGCUGUCGGCAUAACAGAAUUAUCCACUUUGCAUUCUCUAAAAAGAUAUUAAGAUAUAGGGCAUGGAUCCUAUCUAGUGUCUUCAAAUGGAACGAUGUAUAAUAAUCACAAAGAUGAUCAGAAUUCAAAAGAAAGUGAUUUUUCAAUCAAUACAAAUGAUAUUAUUGUUAUAAAUGUCGAUUUCGAGGCAGGUUUAUUGGUAAUAAUUAAUACAACUUAAAAUUUAUCGCUUGAAAUAGAGGCAGAUUUUGAAGGAAAAGAAUUUUUUGGAUGUGCUUGUUUAAGAACUGCAGGAGAUGAGAUUUAAAUAAUUUAAUGA